CAUGCCCUAAAGAAGACCUAGAGCCAAGCGUCCUAUAAAUCCGUAUUUGACUAUUACUUCCUCCCGUCCUUAUGGGCAUUUUGUAAACAGGAUGCUUUAUGGAUUCAGCACGCUUCCCCCUGGCGGCUACGGGCGUACAUUCAGGGGUACCCAUCACAUCUCCCUGUGGGCUGCAGCAAACCUGAUGAUUUAGGGCCACCACAAAACCAGGGGGAAACAUGAAAACAAGCCCUGUCAUCCAAGCUGCCAUUGACCUCACAGCAGGGGCUGUAGGAGGCACUGCCUGUGUGAUGACAGGCCAGCCAUUCGAUACCGCCAAGGUGAAAAUGCAGACAUUCCCUGCCAUGUACCGAGGGUUUGUGGACUGUUUCGUGAAGACUUACAAGCAAGUGGGGUUUCGAGGCUUCUACAAGGGCACCACCCCGGCGCUGGUUGCUAACAUUGCCGAGAACGCGGUGCUCUUCAUGUGUUACGGCUUUUGCCAGAACAUUGUGAGGAGAAUCGUUGGACUGGACAGGAAAGCAGAGUUGAGUGACCUUCAAAAUGCUGCUGCUGGCUCCUUCGCUUCUGCCUUUGCCACCUUGGUCCUCUGCCCCACAGAACUUGUGAAGUGUCGCCUGCAGACCAUGCACGAAAUGCAGUUAUCUGGGAAGAUCGUGCACGGACACAAUACAGUUUGGUCAGUAGUGAAAGGUGUUCUGAAAAAGGACGGUCCCAUUGGAUUCUACCGUGGCUGGUCCAGCACUUUGCUGCGUGAAAUCCCAGGCUAUUUUUUGUUCUUUGGAGGCUAUGAACUGAGCCGAACGUUUUUUGCAUUUGGAAGGCCAAAAGAGGAAUUAGGUCCUGUGGCGCUGAUGAUCAGCGGCGGUUUCGGUGGCAUGUGUCUCUGGAUUGCUGUAUAUCCCAUUGACUGCAUCAAAUCUAGAAUUCAGGUUCUUUCCAUGGCUGGAAAACAGGCAGGCUUCAUGGUAACAUUCGCAAGUGUGCUCCGGAAAGAAGGUAUCUUUGCCUUGUAUUCUGGACUGAAACCUACUAUGAUUCGAGCUUUCCCAGCCAAUGGUGCAUUGUUCCUUGCCUAUGAGUACAGUCGGAAACUGAUGAUGAACCAGUUUGAUAUGUAAUAUUUUUUAUUGUAGACUUAAAAUCAUUGGAAACCUUUAUAGGUCAUGAGAGCUGCUGCAAGAACAAAAAAAAAAUCAAGUUUUAAA